AAUCCCACUGAAGCUGUGGCACUGCUUGAAGACUUGAAGAAGCUGACGCAAGACCUCCCAAGGUUGAUUGCUCAUGAAUCUGAUAGAAAAUCUGUCCUGUUUUCCCUCCUUCCCUCAUUCGAGAAGUGGUUUUUUCCAACUUCCCAAGGCCUUCUCUUCCAAUUACCUGCUAUUAGAAGGGAGAUGGAACUUCUUCUGGCCACUUGCCUUCGUGAAAUCGGUGAAUUCAAGGUGGACGACAUUUCAGAGAACAUGACCGCAUUUCUUGCCUCCCUCGAUCCACCCACCACCACUUUCUACACUCGUGAAUUUCCCGAUGCUCUAACCAAUCUACGUCUUCGUUUUUCACAAGAUGUUGACAACGGAGUAGCAACUCCGAACCAGGAAAGCCACUUCGUGGAGAACCUAAUCGAAGGUGUUCUGGAGAAAUCCUUGCAUGUCUCCGCAAAAGAUGCUGGACGAUUGGCAGCCAAACUAAUUCAGUUGAGGUCCUGUGGGAGGGGUGUUAACCUUCCCGAAGAGAUACCUCCACGACUUCUUCAACACAUCAUUCGACUGGGUUUUGUGGAGACAAUGAAGCGAUUCAAUAACGUCGAUGUGAGAACUUUUGAGACUGAUCCCAUGUGGCAAAUGGGGAAGGAACUUCUAUUCAAAAGACUCGUAAUUUUCUCUCAGGAAGGCAAUAAAAGGGAGUGUGCUCUGGACGUGUCACAGCGUCAACUGGCAGGACUUGCAGCGGCUACAAUCGAUUUUGUUCUCCUCUCCACUCGCCUUCCAUUGCCUUCUGCUUGUUCGGAGGAGGAAAUCAACUCCAUUUCUUCCUUCCUUUGUUAUCUAAUGCAGAAUUUUAUCAAUUUCAUGAGCAAAAACACGUCACCGCAGCCAUACAUCCUAAGUCUUCCGCUUCUAACCCUUCGAUUGUCGAUUACGCUGUCAGCUUCGGGUGGCUCAGAAGCUUCUCAAUCUAGGAAACUUCCACUGGCGACUUUCAUCCAAUUCGCGGAAGCACUGGAUGUUUCAGGUCAGUCGGAGAUGGUUGUCAUAUUUACCAUAAUCAGCCUCUCUUUCGCGUUCUGCCACUCUCAUGAAUUCACAUUACCCUGCUGCGGUCGGGGAUGA